AUGGUGCCCACUCGCACCAACGUGGCUGCCGGGAUCCCCAGUAGCAAAGUGAAAUACUCAAAGCUCUUCAGCACUGACACUGGACACCUUCACCUGAGAUCUCACUUAUUAAAGUUUAAGAAAAGCUCUACUAAGAUUCCUUAUAAGGCCAUUGCCUGUGCCGCUGCUCAGUUUUUGAUUGGCGCCUUUCUGGUUAUUGUGGGCUGCCUCCUGCUGGCGGGCUACAUCAGCAAAGUGGGGGCCAACCGGGCCGUUCCGGUUCUGAUUAUUGGCAUCCUGGUGUUCCUGCCCGGGUUUUACCACCUGCUCAUCGCCUACAGAGCCCGCAGAGGCUGCCAGGGCUACUCCUACAGUGACCUUCCGGACUGUGAUGAGUGA